GUAUUCACAGGCACAAUAGAAACUGGUACCCAGUAUGUAAUGAAUUCACACCAAGCUUGGUUUCGAUUGAAAUCUGAUUGGACGAUAUCAGACACUGGCUUUGAUAUCACAUACUCUGUCCAAUGUCCAAUAGGAUAUGAGCCUGGUUACGAUGACAACUGUUACAAAUUUGUUGAUGAUGAUCCACUACCGUGGGAGGAUGCAAGAAAACUGUGUGAGGAGACCCAAGAUGGUGACCUCGUAGUCAUCAACGAUGACGGUGAAAUGAACUAUGUGCUGUCAAUGGUGGGAGAAUCAGCGGUAGUCUGGAUUGGAUACUCUGAUCGGAGUAUUGAGGGUGAUUGGCGAUGGGUGGAUUGUUCAAAACCUACGUCAUGGCAUCUCAGUCAAUGGGCAAAUGGAGAACCAAGCAACAACACUGGAGAAGACUGCGGUUUCUCCAGCAAUGGUCUGUUCUAUGAUGAACUGUGCUCAAUCCGACAUGGCUUUGUGUGUGAAAUUAUUACAAAUAAAA